AUGGAAAACAGCCUUUCGUACACGUUACAGGCAUUUCGAAUACACAGUAAUGCCUUCGGCCUUACCAAUGAGCCAGCCACCUUCCAACACUUUAUCAAUGACAGCAUCCUUGACUACCUUGACAUGUUCUGUACAGCCUACCUUGACGAUAUUCUUUGCUAUAGCGACACCCUCGAAGAAUAUCAGGACAUAUCGUUCGGAUGGACACCCAAAGCCCAAGCUGCCUUCAACGCCUUCAAGGGAGCCUUCACAACCGUCUCCAUCUUUAUCAAUUUCGACCUCGAGAAGGAAAUUACUGUAGACACCAAUGUAUCUGACUACGUCUCUGACGUGGACUCUCCCAAUAUGGAAUGGUACUCUUUGACCCGUCUCAUACUUCUCAAAAAAGACAUAUCACACGCCGAAUGCACCGAGGUUGAAUGCCGAUUGCUCUACCGAGGUAGUAUAUAUGUACAUUAUCACGACCCUCUUAAACUCCGGAUUCUCAAACUAUACCACGACGCUGUCUCCGCCGGACACUCUGGGCGCGAAAAAACAUUUGAACUCAUCAGUCGACACUACUACUGGCCCCUUAUGCGGAAUUAUAUUGCCCGCUAUGUUUGGAACUGCCACACCUGUCAACGAAGUAAACCCAACACUUAUGGAAAACUCCGCGUACUUCGACCUUUACCAAUCCCCGAACAACGAUGGCAAGAGGUAUCAAUGGACUUCAUUAAUGGCCUACCGGAGAGCGAAGGUUACGACGCAAUCAUGGUAAUUGUUGACCGAUUAACAAAGAGGCGACAUUUUCAACCCUCCAACACCACCGUCAACUCGAAGGACAUUGCCGAGUUAUAA